AUGUCAGAGGAAGUCGAAAUCAAAAAGCCAUUAGUUACUAUUAUUACUCAACCAUUCAAUUUAUUAUUAUUAUUCUUUCUUGUUGCUUUCUUAAACUGUAUCGAAAUGAAAACGAACGAGAUUGAUUUACUGUUACAAAAUGAUCGAGCGACUUGUGAUGAAUGUUGUGCAACUGGUGCGACAUGUUCAACAGCAUACAGAGGUCGAGCAGAUGAUGCUGUGUGUGGUACUAAUUCACAAUGCCUCAAGGAAGCACCUGAAGAAGAAUUAAAACUUAAGGAAGUUGAAGCGGUAGUAUCCGCAAAAGAACCUCAACAGCUACAUCAACGGCAUGCAACUACCAAAAAGAAAUCUAGUCAUAAAACACUUUAUAUUGUUCUUGGCGUUAUUGGUGGUCUCACAUUAUUAUGUUGCCUUACUUGUCUGAUUUAUUGUAUGUCUUGCGCUAUUUGCUGUAAAAAAGGUGCUAAAGUCAUAGAACAAUUAGACGAAGAAUUAAAACGUGAAGAAGAAAAACGUAAGGAACUUGAAGCGACGAAUCGUCUAGAUGUGGUACUUGAUAAACAAAUUGAUGAACAAAUUAUUGCAAAUAAUCGUCAAGAUGAAAUAAAAGUUGAAAUGGAAAAGCUGAUGAAAUAA